AUGCAACGUAUGGCGAUCAAGAGAGCUGAUUAUGGAGAUUUCAAUAAUAAUGACGUGUUUGAUGGCAGAGCAAGCAUUGAUGCACAAUGCAGUCCACUUUCUAAUUGUCAGGUGAAAUCUCGUUGUGGUGGAAGGAGAUCUUGUGCACUAACCAUGGGCAGCAAUUUACUACCAUCACCAUAUUGUCGUGAUACUUCAAAAGAAAUAUAUAUCGAGUACACUUGUGUGGAUAGCAAGAGCUCAAGCCUCGGCUCAAGCAUCAUAACUGCAGGUAAAGUGGAUAAUUAUUCUUAAAUAUACUGUAGUAUAUUCAACAGUACAGCAGCCGGGAUGCUUCCUAGAGUAGUAAAUGUAAUAUUUUAUUUUAUAAUAUAGCAUUUGUAAAUUCUGAACGUUGAUUGGCUAAGAGCCGUGUUGAUAUAACUCAAUGUCAACACGGGAAAUUUUCCGCCGCUUGUAAACACGGAAAUUUUGCUUAUCUUUCGGGCUUUUGACAUUGCUAUAUUAUAAAAUUUCCGUAUUGAUAUAUAGUUAUAUCAACACUCGUGGAAGUUGGGAAAACUCGAAAUUGUAUGAAAACACUCCGCCCUUCGGGCGUCGUGUUUCCAUAUAAUUUCUCGUUUUCCCAAUUCCACUCGUGUUGAUAUAACUGUAUAUCAACACGGAAAAUGUUUUAUAUUUGUUAAGUACAACCCAAUGGAAUACAGUAUACAAGCAUCUUUGUGCAGUUUUGUUGUAUUGGUUAAUAUAAAGGCUUAUUGGUAAGUAGACACAGCCAUGACAGGCUAUAAACGCAUAGUAAUCGAAAUAAUAAAAAAGGCGUUCAAACAAUUCAGUUCUUUUUUCGAUAUGUUUGUAAUAUUUUCCUUAAAAUAUCGUCAAAAUCUUGCUUUGUUAUAAUGAUUCCAUGAAUUUAACAGUUUCAACAAAAUAAAUUGCACUCUUUAAUUCUAAACUUUUCGUUUUAGCAACCAAGAUGAGAUUAACACAUUGGGCAAACGAAGGUUUCAUCCAAAUAAAGGACGGUUUAAUUUGGCGAACAGUUAAAGAAGAACAUUGGGAUAAAAAUCGUCAGAAAAUGCUGUGUCAGCAUUUGGGAUUUAAAGAAACGAACACGAAUGAUAUUAGUUCUAAUUUUCAGAUUGGGGCAGGACGUGAUAUUGCAACUGGGAGCUUGGUAUGUUAUAGCAAACGACCAAGGGAAACCUCCUGUUGUAUCAAUCUUGUUCCCUCCACAAGCACUUCAAAUACCAAGAUGACGUGGGCCAAAUGUGAGUAACGAACAUAUUUAUGCCGCAGUCCGAUGUCAGUGUGGGAGUUAAUUUACUCAGUUUUACUCUUUUAACUGUAGGCAAGAUAUGCGAUAAACCGCUAUCUCUGAGUGACGACAACAAGUUUUCGCGAAACAAAGUAUUUUCUGGCAGUGGUGGCUCUAAAUAUUAUGGAAACGUGAGAUCUAACAGAGUUGGUUGGUGUGCUUCGGGUUCCACAUCGUAUCUUUUGCUCGACCUUCAAAAAGAAUAUCACUUAACACAUGUUAUGGUUAUAGCUGAUAGAAAACAAACAAAGUGGAGUAACUCGUAUUCAAUGAAACACAGCCGUGCUGAAACUUUGAUCGAUAGUAGUAGAUCAAUACAGGUAUCUGAAAUAGUAAUCUGUAAAAUUCGAUAUUAUAUGAUGAAAAUUCGAUGAAAUUUCGACAGGAAUGAAUGUUUAAUGUGGAGAUGUUGGAUCCACAUUUACAGAAUUUGCCUGAUUUUUCAAACCUUGCUUUUCACCAACUAUAUAUAUACACUAUUGAAGUGAAAAGUAAGAUAAUAAAUUUGGACACAGUCACACAGUCCAGAAUUUGGUUUGUUUUUCGUUGCUGCAGUUUGACGGUAUUAACGCAACGCAACGUGUAAUUCACGAUAUCUGUUUCUUCUGCUAGAUCACAGAAAACCAGAAUGGAUACCAGGCAUCCAUUACGCAGCUUGAUAGAGUUUAUAAUGCGAGAUAUAUAAAGAUCCAAUCCAAUCGAAAAACGGACUUUUGUCUUAGAAUAGAACUAUGUGGAGAAGGUACUGUAGGUUACUAGUAUUAGUUUCUUUACCAACCAAGGUAACUUACUAGAAACUCUCUAUGACAGGAGGGCAAUUUCCCAUAUUACUUUUUGGUCCAGGAAUCGCUGCGAGUUGGGGGAGGGAAGGCAGGGGCCAUGCUUCCCCGCACUUUUUCUUCUGAAAAGAUUUUCUUCCGCACUUUUUCUUCAUAUUCUGACCACAAAUGGCUUCGUUCACUCCCUGAAAAUAUUGUUAGGUUAAUCAGGAUAGUAAAUAAUUUCGAAAAGUAAUCUUCAGGACAGACAAAAAAUUACUUAUGUAUAGGACCUGGUGUUUAUCCGUGCGGAAGUAAAAGACCAUGGCUUGUGAGGUUGGUGUUUAUCUUUCAUCUUGAUCAAAACAUCCUAUUGAAAGACGCUUGCCGAAAAAUAAUAUUGGUAUCGAUCCCUACCUUUCUCUCGAAUUGUUCAUGUUGUAAAUUGACCUAUACUUAACAUAUCAAACGAUACCAAAUAACCUUUUAACUUUCCCUAAUGUACCGUAAGAUUCACCAGUUGUAAAAACUUCACUGUUGCGCGGGGGCCGGGGACUUUACCAUGGCGCAUUAUGACGUCAAUAACUGUGAAACAGGAGAAGCGAUGUUUUACAAUAUAUUACGCAGUUAUAUUUUAUAUUCUCACUUAAGCAAUCUUGUAUCAAGAAAUUUUAAGGGCCUUCGUUGCUUUGGGGCCCUUUUUUGAUCUGGGGGCGUGGGGCAAAAUGUCCCUUUGCCCCCUCUCCCCGGACAUCAUAAAUGUAAGUGUUCACACCAGAUAGGAUAAAUUGCUUGCUAAUGUUUGCGUUGUUUUCAAUCUUAGUUGAAACGCCUGCCCCUGUGAAUGAUAUUAAAGUUACACCGUCAAACACCUCGGCACAAGUGACAUUGGAAAAUCCAGCGCCUGAGACGUCCAGUUAAUAACACAUUAUAAAAUUUAUCUCAACGAAAGCUAUCUAAGGACAAUACGUCGACAGGGAUCUAGAACUGAAUUCAGUAUUACUGGACUGACACGGUUCACUAAGUAUACUGUUACAAUUUAUGCUGGAGAUGGCUCUUCACAGUGGAGCAGCAGCAUAGAUAAAAUAUUCACGACCAAUACAGCAGGUGAAGAUAAAAGAUGGUUCCCUGAAUAUAUCUUAACUAUGUACAGCAUUGCGCACAUUUGUUUUUCCAACUAUGAUUCCGCAUCUCCUUCUGGGGGCGGUUGUUCAAAGGUGGGUUAACCCUGGGUUAAAAUUCAACCUGCUUAUUUGGUUUGUGUAUUUCUGCACGUCUGUGUAUUUCAAAACUUCAGAGAAUUAAACUAUCGAUCCAGACAAGAUCUCUGAAGAACCAUUUCCAAAUUUAUAGACAAGCUAUGAAGAAGUUUGCUUUGAACUUUGAAUUAACCUAGGGUUAAACUAACCCGGCUUUGAACAACCAGCCCCAGUACUCAAUUUACAGUAUGAGUAAUAAUCCAAAUAUAUGAAAGGAAAAAAAGAUUUUGAAGAAAAAGGUCGUCUUCGAAAAAUUAAAAUAUGAACUAAACAAAACAAUGUUUGGAAUUUGUAAAUAUUCGACUUUAUAUAUUGCUUAUCAUGAUAACUUUCUGAUCUCUUAUCUUUUUUAACUAAGAGUCUUAUUUUCACGUUCUUUAUGCAUGACCGCGUCGCCGUCCUUAUAUAGGCUAGUUAUGCUUUCAUUAUUCGUGCAAUGGAGGGCCAUUAAGAAAAGGGACAUUGGGACCUUGUAGGGAGAAUUUUUGGACCUUUUUAUAUUAUCAUCCUGAAUUCAAGCACUAAUAACUUCAUCCUUGCAUUACCUAACUCAAACUCCAUUCUGCUUUAUGGUGAACCCUAAUUUAAUCCUAUAAUCCUUGCCUUAAUCCGUAACAUAGGUAUGUGUAAAAAUCUCCCGAACGUGACACUCAAUACACGCUUUUUUUUCUCUUUCUUCAGUACCUAGUGGAGCUCCAGGAUUGGUGGCUUUCACAAACCGCAGUAAAGAACAACUGACAGUGUCCUGGAGUACUCCAUCUAGAACUUCACAGAAUGGUAAAUUGACCGCAUAUAGAGUUUGCUAUUGCACUGCUCAUAACCAAUCAGAAUUAAGAAUUUUUUCAUGUAUAUUAUUAGAGAAGGAAUUGUACAAUCAGGGGGGCCGGAACUGGGGGGCAGGAGGGGCAGACGCCCCCGUUGCCCUUUUCCAGGAGGGGCAAGGGGGGCGAAGGUGCCCUUUCAAUUUAAAGGAUUGCCUUAGCGAAAUAGCGAAUUGUCAGAAAUGUUAGUGCAAUUAUUUUACGAAUUUGCUUCAGAAAACGCAAGAAAUGCAGUCAUCGAGCUUCAAGAAUAGCACAAUCGCCUGGCAGAGAACCCCCUCACACCCCUAUCAUCCAAUAAAUAGAAAACAUGGUUAAUUAGGCGAAGUUCAACUCCCGAUGUUUUGCAAACAUCUCUUAGUAUAUAUCAAUACAAAAGUGUUCUGUCAAAAGGACGAAAAUCUGCCGCCUUGCCUUCACAUUGUUCCGGCGUCCCUGUGUACAAUCAGUUCUAUACAAACAAUGCAGUGAAGUCUCUCUCCUCCGCAGAGGCUUUAGUUUUCUUAGGAUUUAAUAUUGCAAUGAGAUACAUUUCACUACACUUUACAUGGCGGAUCUUGGAACACGAAGUAUAUUAUGUUGCAGUACGGUACAGUACAGUACAGUACAAAACAACACAGUACAGAACACUGUAAUAGUAUAUAGUAUAUACACAUGCAUCAUGCAAAGGUUGAGCUGUUUCAAAAACAUGCAUCACAGGCUAGCACGAAAAGAUAAAUUAGAUUAUAAUUAAUUGAACUAACCAUUGAAAUUCUGUAUAAAAAUUGUACAUUCAAACUAUAUGCGAUAAUAUAUAUAUACGCCAUGUUUGUCUUUUUUGAGCUCCAAACAUUUCAAAAAUAUUAAUUUAUACGGGCAUUUUUGGAUAUUGAAAAGGGCACAUAAAAACUUCUUUUUUAAAAACAAUUUCCCGUCAUACUAUACGGAAAUUGCACGUUUUUUACCAAAUUGUUUUUAAAUACAUCGAAACUUCCAAACAAAAAGGGCACCUUUGAUGUUAAUUUAGUAUUUACACUGACAUUAGCUUGUACAUUAGCUUGAAAAGUGCCCUUUUCACCACAAAAAAGGGCACUUUGGGUCAUUUGAAAAAAUUGGGGGGGGACGUGUCCCCCCCCCGGUUCCUACGCUCCUGAGAAUUACUUAUCGUAUACAUUCCGCAUGCCAGAAAUUCAUUAAUAGAAUGGUAUCAUACGAGUACUGUCAUAACAACCCUUUAGCCGACAUAGGCUCUGGCUGAUUAUAACAUAGGCUCUGGCUGAGUUUCCAGACUAUAUCUUUACUGACUAUUUUGGUAUGUAGUUUUACUGACAGCGUGCUCUGAUAUAUACAUGCACUAGUGUACUUUUCAACAUUUAGACAAAGCAAAUGACACCAGCUGUGGAGCAGAAUGGUAUAUUGUUGUCGUAACAUUGGUGUCUGGAAUCAUCAUUGGAAUUCUCCUUUCCUACAUUGUGUCGUGUUCUCGUCGUAAAUUUAGAAGGACACAACCUCAAUCAAACCAUGAACCAAAGACAACUGAAGCUGAUACAACUUAUCAAGAGCUUGAUCUUACAAAACUGAACACAGAAGAUAAUUAUCAGUCGUUGAGGGUGAAUGCUGAGGAGGAGUCAACAUAUACUGAUUUAAACCAAACCAGAGAUGUAGAAGACAACUACCAAUCUCUGACUUAA